CCCUCGACAGACAGUUUCGGGACAGGAGCAAUGCCUUUUGUUAAGAUUGUAAAAAACAAAGCUUAUUUUAAGCGUUAUCAAGUCAAAUUUCGUCGGCGGCGUGAAUGCAAAACUGAUUAUUACCAACGGAGAAAACUUAUUAUUCAAGACAAAAAUAAGUAUAACUCUCCAAAAUAUCGAUUUAUCGUCCGUUUUACUAAUAAGGAUAUUAUUACGCAGAUUGCUUAUGCCACCAUUGAAGGGGAUCACGUUAUGACUGCAGCUUAUUCCCAUGAGCUUCCCAGAUAUGGCAUUAAAGUUGGACUUACCAACUACGCUGCGGCUUACGCCACUGGCCUUUUGUGCGCACGUCGUAUUUUAACAAAAUUAAACUUAGCAGACGCCUACAAAGGUAAAGAAGAGUGCGAUGGCGAACUUUACCAAGUCGAAGAAAACGAGACAGGCCCACGGCCCUUCAGGUGUUUUUUAGAUGUCGGCCUGGCUAGAACCACUACCGGCGCAAAGGUUUUUGCUGCAAUGAAGGGCGCAGUGGAUGGCGGGCUUGACAUUCCCCACAAUGAAGCUGGAAAAAGACUUUGCGGUUACGACAAGGACUCCAAAUCGUUAGAUCAUGAAGUACUUAAAGGGCACAUACUUGGCGAACACGUAUCGGAUUACAUGGUUGACCUUGAGGAAGAGGAUCCAGAUUUUUUUAAUCAAAAAUUUUCCCGCUAUGUUAAAGAAGGGGUUACCGCUGAUAGCUUAGAGGAAAUGUACAAAGACGCCCAUGCAGCCAUUCGUGCCGAUCCUUCUUUUAAGCCAACUGAAAAGAAAACGAAGUCUACUAAUGCCUUUGGCCGUAAGAAAAAAACUUCUCUUGCUCAACGCAAGCAUCGCAUAAACAAAAUUAAAUCUUACUUUUUAAAGAAACUCGGAGUAGCUUAGUUGUAUUUUGUCAACUAGGUG